AUGACAAAGUUCAGCGUCAUCGUCCCCACGUACAACGAGCGGAGGAACAUCGGCAUCCUCUACCUCCUCCUCCGCAAGGCUUUCGAGGACCCGCGGUGCGCCGAUGACGAUUUCGAGGUCAUCGUCGUGGACGACAACUCCCCGGACGGCACGCAGGAUGUGGUCAAGGCGUUGGCGAAAGAAUACGACGACGAUCGGCUGUUACUCCGCCCGCGGCCGGGCAAGCUGGGUUUGGGCACGGCGUACGUUCACGGCCUGGCGCACGCCACGGGCGAGUUCGUCGUCAUAAUGGACGCGGACCUCAGCCAUCACCCGCGCGCGAUCCCGGAGUUCAUCGCGAAACAGCGGGAGGGAAAUUUCGACGUGGUCACCGGGACGAGGUACGUGCCGGGCGGCGGGGUUCACGGUUGGGACACGCGGCGGAAGCUGACGUCGAGGGUGGCGAACUACCUGGCGCACGUGCUUCUGAACCCCGGGGUGUCGGACCUGACGGGAUCGUUCCGACUGUACCGCAAGAGCAUGCUGGAGGACCUGGUCAAGAAAGUUGUGAGCAAAGGGUACGUUUUCCAGAUGGAGAUCAUCGUGCGGUGCAGGCGCGCGGGGCUGAGCGUGGCGGAGGUGCCGAUCACGUUCGUGGACAGGGUAUACGGCAGCAGCAAGCUGGGAGGCGCCGAAAUCGUGGGGUACCUCAAGGGCCUGCUCUGGCUGUUCGCGACGAUGUAG